AUGAAGAUGGGCAGACGGAUUCAUUUAGACCGGAAUAGGACUCCCUCUGAUGUGAAAGAACUUGUCCUGGACAACAGUCGGUUGAAUGAAGGCAAACUCGAAGGCCUCACAGAUGAAUCUGAAGAACUGGAAUUCUUAAGUACAAUCAACGUAGGCCUCACCUCAAUCGCAAACUUACCAAAGUUAAACAAACUUAAGAAGCUUGAACUAAGCGAUAACAGAGUCUCAGGGGGCGUGGAAGUAUUGGCAGAAAAGUGUCCGAAUCUCAUGCAUCUAAAUUUAAGUGGCAACAAAAUUAAAGACCUCAGCACAACAGAGCCACUGAAAAAGUUAGAAAACCUCAAGACCUUAGACCUUUUCAAUUGCGAGGUAACCAACCUGAACGACUACCGAGAAAAUGUGUUCAAGCUACUCCUGCAACUCACAUAUCUCGACAGCUAUGUCCGGGACGACAAGGAGGCCCCUAACUCGGAUGCUGAGGGCUACGUGGAGGGCCUGGAUGAGGACGAGGAGAAUGAGGAUGAGGAGGAGUAUGAUGAAGAUGCUCAGGUAGUGGAAGACGAGGAGGACGAGGAGGAGGAGGAGUAUGAUGAAGAUGCUCAGGUAGUGGAAGACAAGGAGGACGAGGAGGAGGAGGAGGAAGGUGAAGAGGAGGACGUGAGUGGAGAGGAGGAGGAGGAUGAAGAAGGUUUUAACGAUGGAGAGGUAGAUGAUGAGGAAGAUGAAGAAGAGCUCGGUGAAGAAGAAAGGGGUCAGAAGUGAAAACGAGAACCUGAAGAUGAGGGAGAAGAUGAUGACUAAGUGGAAUAACCUAUUUUGAAAAAUUCCUAUUGUGAUUUGACUGUUUUUACCCAUAUCCCCUCCCCCCCUCCAAUCCU